UUCCGGUGAGGCAUCAAUCCAUCCGAGGCCUGUGAGAAAGCUAGUGUAAACGGAGUAAAACACGUCGACAAACUCAUCGAAGCGACUCAGCAGGUCAUCAUGGCGUCCAGCAGUACGAGCAGUGAAGAAGAGCGGAGCUUGCGGGAGUGUGAGCGCUACGUGCAGAAGCACAACAUCCAGCAGCUGCUGAAGGACUGCAUUGUGCAGCUGUGCACUAACAGGCCUGAAAGACCCAUGGCUUUCCUCCGAGAGUACUUCGAGAGGCUUGAGAAGGAGGAAGCUAAACAACUCAUCAGUCAGCAGAAGUCAAGCUCUCGCUCAGACUCCCGUGAAGAUGAGGUUUCUCCUCCCAUGAACCCUGUGGUUAAGGGCCGACGGCGCCGCGGUGCCAUCAGUGCAGAGGUCUACACUGAGGAAGACGCAGCGUCUUAUGUCAGAAAGGUUAUUCCUAAAGAUUAUAAAACUAUGGCUGCUCUUGCUAAAGCGAUUGAAAAGAAUGUGCUUUUUGCUCAUCUUGACGACAAUGAAAGAAGUGACAUAUUUGACGCCAUGUUCUCAGUCACUUACAUUGCAGGAGAGACUGUGAUUCAACAAGGGGAUGAGGGUGACAAUUUUUAUGUUAUUGACCAAGGUGAAAUGGAUGUGUACGUCAACAAUGAGUGGGUGACCAGUAUUGGAGAAGGUGGCAGUUUUGGUGAGCUGGCUUUGAUCUACGGCACUCCCAGAGCAGCCACUGUCAGAGCAAAGACCAACGUCAAGCUGUGGGGAAUCGACAGAGACAGCUACAGGAGAAUACUCAUGGGAAGUACUCUGAGAAAGAGAAAAAUGUAUGAGGAAUUCCUUAGCAAGGUCUCCAUUUUGGAGUCUCUGGAUAAAUGGGAACGGUUGACAGUUGCUGAUGCCCUCGAGACGGUCCAGUUUGAAGAUGGCCAGAAGAUUGUUGUGCAGGGUCAACCAGGAGAUGAAUUUUUCAUUAUUCUUGAGGGUUCGGCAGCAGUCCUGCAGCGGCGGUCGGAGAAUGAGGAAUUUGUAGAGGUUGGAAGACUUGCACCAUCUGACUACUUUGGUGAGAUCGCACUGCUCAUGAACCGGCCUCGUGCCGCCACCGUGGUUGCUCGCGGCCCGCUGAAGUGUGUAAAAUUGGACCGUCCCCGGUUCGAGCGCGUGCUCGGCCCCUGCUCAGAUAUCCUGAAGCGAAACAUACAGCAGUACAACAGCUUCGUGUCUCUGUCGGUCUGAGGCGCACUAGGCUCUUUCCUCCUCUAUUGCAGGGUCCACCAAUGCAAAUCAGCUUUAUUUUCUUACUUUUCUUUAUGCAUUUUCCAACACCCAGGUGCCCAUUCACUUCAGUGUUCUCUCUCUCUCUCUCUCUCUCUCUCUCUCUCUAUCUGUUUUUUCGAUUCGUGCCGUACCCUGUCGCGUUCGUAUCCAUCGUAGAUUUACCAUAAGGCUGAUUGUUAGUUUUGCCUGAGAAACGAGCCAAUCAUUGUGCCACAGAUGCCUGUCAUGUGACUAACUAACAAGGUCUGUCGGGAUUGUCUCUUUCCUCCAAAUUGCUUCACCUUUCUGUAUAACAGUGUUUCGAAUGGAAGGAAAUCAGUGGCAGGGUUGACAGUCAUGUAGUCUAUCUAUUCAGUAUAUGAUGAUGUAUCUUAAUUGAGGCAUCGAGUUUCAGAUUCUGUUUUCCCGCGUUCAUUUCAAGCAUUUGAGUAUAGGGAAGCCAAAGGCAUAAAUCCAUGUGUGUUAUGUUGUUUUCUUGUGGGUACUGAAGUUAAAAUGUCACCAUGUUUAUCGUGGUGAUUAGCUUUGCUCUUUUAUUGUUAUAGCUGCACAUAUAUAGUGUAUGUAAAUGAUUAUAUAUUAGAAGUAAAUGACCAUAACCAUAUUUUUUUGCACAGUUUUGAUAUAUAUAUAUAUAUAUAUAUAUAUAUAUAAACACUUUAUAUGUGCCUGCUGUUUUUCAUUGUGGCAUUUGAUCCCAUUUCAUUGGACUUUUUCAUUUUCUGUUGUUUGUUUUGUUCUUUUCCUUCAUGCUACACACAGGCUUGCACUGGACUCUUAUGUAGAGCACACCAGGAUUAGACAAAUCUCCUUUUAAAGUUCAAUUUUGUUUCACAUUUUCUCCCAUCUGAAAUGCCACCUGCUGCAAAUGCUUUUAUUUGUUUGUUUCCCCCACAAAAAGGUGAUGUUAUCUUGUAUUCAACAUUGUGUUUAAGUACAGAAAAAAAAGUACUCAUUUAAGUACUCAUUUUUGGUUUUGUUAAUUGUUAAGAAGAGUUACAGAAAUGUAAUGGUUAAUGAAAUCUGACAGAGUAUGUGAGGAUCCUCCUCGACAGGAAGUGACCACUUGGUGACCUCUUUAGCCAAGUGAAGAUCCCAUUAGGUUUUCUUUCUCGAUGAGAGUGUAUGUGAACUGUUUUGAAAUCCCAAAUGUCCCCCCCCCCCCCACCCCCCUCCUUUCUUUCAUAAUUUAAACUGAAAUAAUUUGGUUUAUCAACAGGGCAGGAAUAAGAAAAAUAGUUUUCAAAUGAUCAGUGUCCUUUUUUUGAUUGAGAUUUAGAUGAUUCUCCUUAGUUAAAUCCAAGUCUUAAAACAGGGACAGUAUUUACCGCUUGUGUUGAGUUCAUGGUGUCUGUAUGCCAUGAGGGUUAGGAUCCAUCAAAUGAUUGGAAUAGAUCUGCGAUCCGCUACUGCCACCAUCUUAAUCUCUUAUCAGAUAUUGUUCUUGGGGUUCUCCGAGUUGUGUUGUAUGAUUUUACUGGGUGGUACAAUAGUGUUAACUGUUGCUGAAGGUAGAUUUUAAAUAGUCACACAGAGAUAUUCUUGUAUUAUUUGAAAACAGUUGAUGUGAAUUUUAAAUUUGUGUAUUUUUGUUUUCCACAC